AUGCCAACUGCAUCUUUCCAAGGGACAUUACGUCCUUUUGUAAUGCCAAUUGUCAUACUGGGUGGUUUAGGGAUUUUAUUUCUGACAAUUCUUUACAAGAUGCCCGCUACCUGGCUGGUAAGUCAACUGAGAUUUGAAGAACCCGCACCAAUGGUGAAGGAACAUAGCCAGACUAUUAUACUAAUCUGGAUGUGGCCUUUUGGCAAUGCCUUUGCUCUCAGCUCCUGUAGUGCCCUGUUUAACAUUGAUGGCUGUUACCUAACAGCAGAUCGAAACAUGUACAGCAAGUCAGAUGGGGUUAUCUUCCAUCACAGAGACAUUCACUUGGAUUUAUCCAACAUGCCAAAUUCACAACGCCCACCAUUCCAAAAAUGGGUGUGGAUGAACUUGGAAUCGCCCACAAAUUCAAAAAAGGAAAGCAAUCUCAAAGGCUUAUUUAAUGUGACUUUGAAUUACAGGCGUGAUGCUGAUAUUCCAUUGCAUUAUGGGACAAUUGUUCAAGCUGAGGGGAAUAACUUCAAAAUACCAAGCAAAAACAAGUUAGUGUGCUGGAUUGUGAGCAACUGGAACUCAAGUCAGAUCAGAGUGGCAUACUACAAUGUGUUGAAGCAAUACAUCAAUAUAGAUGUCUAUGGAAAGGCCUUUGGGAAACCAGUCAGCAGCCAAGACUUUGAUGCCACAAUUGGCAGCUGUAAAUUCUAUCUUUCAUUCGAGAACUCAAUCCACAAAGACUACAUCACUGAAAAACUGUAUAACCCACUGUCUGUUGGCACAGUGCCAAUUGUUCUUGGGCCAUCGAGACAGAACUAUGAGAAAUUUGUCCCAGGUGAUGCCUUCAUACAUGUAGAAGAUUUUUUUUCACCCAAAGAGCUGGCUGAACACAUCCUGUUCUUAGACAAGAAUGAAGACAUGUACCAACGAUACUUCUACUGGCGUAGACACUUAGAAGCAAAGCUGACGUCCUUAUUCAUCAGAGGCGCAUGUCUGACCUGUAAUUAUAUUCGGACACACUAUAUGGAACACAAGGCUGCAAACAACCUUGACACAUGGUACUGGGAAUGA